AAUAAGAAUGCUACUGCUGCGACAAACAAUGCGCCCACCGCGGCACCAGCACCGAUACCAGCCUUUGCGCUAGUCGAUAAGCCGCCGCCGUUAUCUGCACCUGUUGCGGUGGUAUCGAUCGGCCCUGUGGGUGUGGGCGUCGAUGGUGUCGAUGGUACUGUACUAGCAGGGCUCGAGACCGCGGUUGUAGAUGACAUCGGCAUUGGCAUUGGCGUUGGCGAAGAUGAUGUUUCGGGGUUUAACGCUACAGUCGAAGACAACGCGAACAUCGAUGCGGGUUGA